GGACAGGUUUUAAAUGUAUAGAAUGCUGAGGGCUGGUUUGUUUUAGUGAAAAUUCGUUAAUUGCAUUUGUAGCAAGUGCUUCCUCUAGAUGGGUACAGUGUGUAAUGGGGUUUCCUCAUUUGUUUACUUCAAACCAACCAUAUACUUGGCUGCUUAAUGCAUAUUAACUUGAUGUACUUUAAAAAGAUCAAUUUUCCUACUAUUGCUCUUGAUGUAUAUUACCAUAAGGAGUAAGGACUCAUUUACUGACCUUAAAUAUAGAAUUAAGGCUUUGAAUGACGACUAUAUGGAUGUCUCAUGUAUAAAUUUGAUGCUUUGUUUGCUCUUGGUGGAUCAUUCACAACUAGUAUUUGAUGUGCGUGCUGAAAGUUUUGCAGCAGAGGAAAAUGAAUGUUUUUACAGCCCAGGUUGAGGAAGGAAGGGAAGGACAUGACGGGAAGCCAGCAGUUGGUCCUAUCUACCGUAAUCUACUGUCCAAGGAUGAGUUCCCUCCACCUGACUGCAAUCUUAAUACAUCUUGGGAUCUUUUCAGUGUAUCUGUCGAAAAGCAUCAGGGGAAUAGGAUGCUAGGAUGGCGUCAAAUCAUUGAUGGGAAGGUGGGGCCUUAUAGCUGGAAAACAUACAAAGAAGUUUAUGAAGAAGUUUUGCAAAUUGGUUCUGCAUUGCGAUCGUCUGGUGCUGAACCUGGAUGCCGAAUUGGGAUUUACGGAUCAAAUUGCCCCCAGUGGGUGGUGGCAAUGGAGGCUUGCAAUGCUCACAGUCUGGUCUGUGUGCCUCUUUAUGAUACUCUCGGUCCAGGGGCUGUAAAUUUUAUUAUAGAUCAUGCUGAGGUUGAUUUUGUUUUUUUCCAAGAUAAAAAAGUGAAAGAACUUUUGAAUCCCGAUUGUAGAUCUGCUCAACGGCUUAAAUCAAUGGUUUGCUUCACUUCAUUGUCAGAGAAAGACAAUGAUAAGGCAGAGCAAAUGGGGAUAAAGUCGUACUCUUGGGAAGAGUUCCUUCAUAUGGGAAAGGAAGAUCCAGUUGCAAUAGUGGCACCUCAGCCUUUUAACAUUUGCACAAUCAUGUAUACGAGUGGCACCAGUGGAGAUCCUAAAGGAGUUAUGUUGACACAUGAAACAGUUGCAUACCUUAUAAGAGGGAUGGAUCUAACUCUUGCACAAUUUGAAGACAAGAUGACAGUGGAUGAUGUCUAUUUAUCUUUCCUGCCCCUUGCUCAUAUCCUUGAUCGCAUGAUUGAGGAAUAUUUCUUCCACAAUGGCGCAUCUGUUGGCUACUAUCAUGGGGACUUGAACGCAUUGAGAGAUGAUAUUGUGGAAUUGAAGCCAACAUUUUUAGCCGGUGUACCUCGAGUCUUUGAAAGAAUUCACGAAAGUAUAAUAAAAGCGCUAGAGGAACUCAGGCCACUGAGAAGACGGAUUUUCGAUGCUCUCUACAGAUAUAAACUUUAUUGGAUGUCCAUGGGAUAUAAACAAAAGAAUGCGUCACCAUUGGCUGACCUGUUAGCCUUUAGAAAGGUCAAGGCUAAGUUAGGUGGUCGUCUCCGACUUAUAGUCUCUGGAGGUGCACCGUUGAGCUCAGAGGUGGAAGAAUUCUUGCGGGUUACUUCUUGUUCCUUCGUAGUCCAGGGCUAUGGGUUGACAGAAACCUGUGGUCCGGCUGCUCUUUGCUACCCGGAUGAAAUGUCCAUGAUUGGUACAGUUGGUGCUGUAGCUGUAUAUAAUGAGCUGCGACUGGAGGAAGUUCCAGAGAUGGGCUACAAUCCGCUUGGAAAUCCUCCUACUGGAGAAAUAUGUAUGAGAGGGAAGACUCUUUUCUCUGGCUACCUUAAAAAUCCUGAACUGACUAGAGAAGCUAUGAAAGAUGGGUGGUUUCAUACAGGGGACAUAGGGGAAAUUCUUCCAAAUGGAACCAUUAAGAUAAUUGAUAGGAAGAAGAAUCUCAUAAAGCUUUCUCAAGGAGAGUAUAUCGCAAUCGAGCAUUUGGAAAAUAUAUAUAAUAUUACUCCAAUUGUUGAAGAUAUCUGGGUCUAUGGGGACAGCUUCAAGUCGAUGCUUGUUGCAGUAGUUGUACCACACGAAGAAAACACUAAAAAAUGGGCGUACAUAAAUGGUCAAAAAGGUUCACUCUCUGAGCUUUGUUCUCUUGAUCUGUUGCGGAAGUACAUCCUCCAAGAACUGAAGUCCACAGCUGAGAGAAAUAAGCUGAGAGGUUUUGAAUAUAUAAAAGGAGUAAUUCUGGAUCCCCAUCCCAUUGACAUGGAAAGAGAUUUAGUGACUGCAACACUGAAGAAGAAACGAAACAAGCUGCAUCAGUAUUAUCAGGUGGAAAUUGAUGAACUCUACGGAAAACUGACCGCAGGUAGAGUCUAAGAUUACGGUUAGGAGACAAUAUAUCAGUCCCUCAGCUCACGUAGUUUUCUGGACCGACCUUAUCCGGCUUUGUAAUAAGGGUUGAGUGUUCUUCAGGUCCUUCCUGAUGUAUUUUGUAUAGUACUACUUCACUGCCCUGCUACAAACUUUUUAAAAGCUGAGAAGCUUUAUGUUCAUGGGAAUAUAUUGCAGUUGCUGACUAAUUGAGGAUGGUUAAAUA